AUGAGGCCGCUGGCGGUGGGAACGGGGAGGUCCGGUCGUAGUAAAAGGAGCAUUGUACGAUGGGGAGACAGUCCAGCGAUGUGGGGGGCUUGUCUUUGCAGGUCUGUAAGUCAAGUGUGUGUGGAAAAGUCACUCAUUUUCAGAAGUAACACCCCUUAUCCUACAGACAUCAUUGCUGUCCCUGGUGGACACGAUCUGUUCUGUGUGCAGCUGAAUGACUCAAAGCUGAACUAUUUCCAACAGCCCCAGGAUAUCAAAGAAUCUGAUUUUAUGAAGUUCUUAGAGAAGUAUGGCAGACACUCUUUCACAGCACCAUCACAAGUCCAACCAUCAUUCUCUGCUUUUUACCGCGCUGGUGAUCCAAUCCUAAUCUACUUUGAUUCAUCAUCUGUACUGAGCACGCUUAGACAGCCAGUAAAAAUGGGAGCCAGUGGACUUUGUGUUGAUGGAAAUCCUGCUGGCUUCCUGGACAGUAAAAGUACAAGCUGUACUCGGAUUUUUGCCAAUUUGAGCAAGAGCUGCAUGACUGACCCUGCCCUCGAUGCUGCCUCUUACUACCGGGAUUUCACUGUGCUGAAGGUCCCAGUUAGUGGCACCAUUGUGCAGUCCAUGAAGGUAAAUGUCACUGCAGUUGCACCACCUGGAGCUCCCCACAUGAGAGACAACACAUGUACCAAUGUGGUUUCUGAGGUGAUCUAUGAGAUAGAAUACAGUGGCACCAGUGGGAUUCAGAGUGUUUCUGUCCAGUUCAAAGUGAGCAACAUCUCUGGGAACCUCGGAUCCUCUCUGCAGCAGCACUUCACUUUGCACUUCUGGACCAAGACCCUCUCUCAUAUGUUGCCCAGAAGUGGAAACCCUGGCUAUAUCACUGGAGCACCAUUGCUGAUUGCAAACAGUGGUGCCAUGCAGCAUAUGAGUAUUUUACGGAGUGAAAGUGAUGGAGGUUGCUCACAGUUCCUCAGACACACGGUACAAUUUGGAAGGAACAUGAGAACAGGCUGCAACCUCAGCCUAUCCCCAUUACUGGAAGAGAGUAACUGUAGUUACAUCCAGCAGAAGUUUUACAAGGCUUUUCAGGGGAUGAACAGAGCAGAGGACCUUGCUAUAACUGGCAGUGCUCAUUCAACCCAGACAGAAGAGUGGACGACCAUUCUGGUUCAGAACUGCAGUGUGCAGGCUGUGAAUUGCACUUCCUGUUGCAUGGUUCCUGUGACCCUGGAGAUACAGAUACUGUGGGCUAAAGUGGGCCUCCUGUCCAACCCACAAGCUCAAAUACUGGGUGCACGGUACUUUUACCAGUGUCAACCCCUGAAGUUCCUGAGGGCACACACGGUACCUGUGACGACUGUCGUUACCUUCACUGACAUGACAGGCUGGCCAGAACCACCCCGGGGCCAGCCCCAAAGGCACUGGAAACUCCCAUUUGACAUCUUUUUCCCAUUCAGGGUGGCACUGAAUUUAGAAAGCAGUUACAGAGUUGAUCUGGCUGGCUAUUUUUUGUUUAUUCUAAUAAUGUCUAGUAUUCUCUGCUUUUGAAAAUAGAUAAGGCCUGUACUUAAAGUUCAGUAAGUGAAUUGGUACAUUCAGAAUAUGUUCCAGGAAGUUGUUGGAUGAAAGUAUAUUUUUUAACAAAGGAUUUAUUUUUUAUCUUAUAUUCUUCAGAUGAUGGAAAAAUCUGCCCCAUACAAUGCCAAGUACUCCAGUGGAAUCAAUAGGGGGCAAGAAGAUCAGAGCCUACUGUUAAUAAAAUAUAUUUGUUGCUUUUGUACAUAUACUGUGUGUAGCAACUUUGUUGCUCU